AUGUUGAAACCUUCUGGUAAUUGCGGUGGUGGUGGUGGUGGUGGUGGUGGUACGAGUAAUGGUGGUGUUGGUUGUGCGAGUAAUGGUGAUAUUGGUGAUAGUGGUUGUGUGGGUAAUGGUGGUUGUGUAUGUGCAGGUGAGGGUGGUGUUGUUGGUUGUACGGGUGGUGAUGAUGAUGGUGAUGUUGGAGGUGCGGGUAAUUGUGGAAGUGGUGGUGCGAAAAUGGUGGUGCUGGUUGUACAGGUAAUGGUGGUGUUGGCUGUGCGGGUAAUUGUGAGUGUGGUGAUUGUGGUGGUACUGGAAAUUGCUGUGUUGGUUUUGCAGGGAAAUAGUGAUGAUGGUGAUGGUGCUGGAUCGGGUAAUAGUGAUGAUGAGGGUGAUGGUAUUGCUGCGAGUAAUGGAGGUGGUGGUUAUGAUAUUGGUGCAGGUUAUGGUAGUGGUAUUAAUUGUGCGAGUAAUGGUGAUAUUGCUGAUAGUUGUGGUGCGAGUAAUGGUGGUGUUGUCGAUGGUACGGGUAAUAGUAGUUGUGGUUUUGCGGGUAAUGGUGAUGAUGGGGAUGGUGGUGGUGCAAUGGUUGUGGUGUUACGGGUGGUGUUGGUUUUAUGGGUAAUGUUGGAGAUGGCAAUGGUGGUGGGGGGUAUUGAUGAUGUUGACGGUGAUGAUAUUAGUGCGGGUAAUGAUGGUGGUGGUGAUGGUGUUGGUGCAGGUCAUGAUGGGGAUAUUGGUUAUGCGGGUAACGGUGGUGAUAGUGGUGGUGCAGGUUAUGGUGCUGGUAGUGGUUGUGCGGGUGAUGUUGGAGAUUGUGGUGAUGCCGGUAAUGGUGUUGGGUGUGAGGGUUAUUGUGGUGGUUAUGGUGGUACAGUUGUUGAUGUUGAUGAUGGUGGUAGUGCUGGUAAUGGGGUCGAUGAUGAUGAUAAUGGUGGUGCGGGUAAAGGUGAUCGUGGUGUUAUGAUUAAUGGUGGUGGUGGUUGUGCAGGUAAAGUUGUUGUUGGUUGUGUGGGUAAUGGUGAUUCUGGUGUUUGCGUAAUGUCGGUGUUGGUGGUGGUGCUGGUUGUGCGUGUAAUGGUGAUGCUCGUUGUGCGAGAUAUAGUGAUGCUGGUUGUAAGAGCAGUGAUGGUGUUGGUUGCGCUGAUAAUGGUGGUGGUGGUUGUGGUGCUGGUGGAUGUUGUUAGGGUGCGGGUAAUGGUUGUGGUUGUGGUUGUGGUGGUGGGGUGUUGUGGUGGUGUGGUUAUGGUGGUGUUGGUUUUGGUGGUGCGGGUUAUGUUCGUGGUGGUGCUAUUUGUGGUGGUGCUUGUGAUUGUGGUGGUGGUGGUUGUGGUGGUGGUGGUACGGGAGGGCACUGGAUUACGAGUGGUGACUUUACAUUUGUGUUUGUUGCUUGAGCGCAGGAGGGCGCUUGAUAACGACUGA